AUGGUGAACUCGAGCCGCGUGCAGCCGCAGCAGCCCGGGGACGCCAAGCGGUCGCCGGCCCCUCGAGCGCCGGGCCCCGGGCGGCUGAUGGCGGGCGGCGCGACGGCCGGCGCCGGCCUCGCUGCCCCGGGCGGCCUCCGCGAGCAGAGGGGCCUGGAGAUCGAGAUGGAGCGCAUCCGGCAGGCGGCCGCGCGGGACCCCCCGGCCGGAGCCUCGGCCUCCCCCUCUCCUCCGCUCUCGUCGUGCUCGCGGCAGGCGUGGAGCCGCGACAACCCGGGCUUCGAGGCCGAGGAGGAAGAGGAGGAAGAGGAGGUGGAGGGAGAAGAAGGGGGAAUGGUGGUGGAGAUGGACGUCGAGUGGCGCCCCGGCAGCAGGAGGUCGGCCUCCUCCGCGGCCGUGAGCUCCGCGGGGGCCCGAGGCCGGGGGCUGGGGGGCUACCACGGUGCGGGCCACCCGGGCGGGAGGCGGCGUCAGCGAGAGGACCAGGGCCCGCCGAGUCCCAGCCCCACCGGCGGCGGGGACCCGCUGCAUCGCCACCACCCCCUGGACGGGCAGCAUCCCCGAGUGGCCUGGGCCGAGAGACUCGUUCGCGGGCUGCGAGGUCUCUGGGGAACAAGACUCAUGGAGGAAAGCAGCACUGACCGAGAGAAAUACCUUAAAAGUGUUUUACGGGAACUGGCCACAUACCUCCUUUUUCUCAUAGUCUUGUGCAUCUUGACCUAUGGGAUGAUGAGCUCCAGUGUGUACUACUACACCCGGAUCAUGUCACAACUCUUCCUGGACACCCCAGUGUCCAAAACGGAGAAAACUAACUUUAAAACUCUUUCUUCAAUGGAAGACUUCUGGAAGUUCGCAGAAGGCGCCUUGUUGGAUGGGCUGUACUGGAAGAUGGAGCCCAGCAACAAAACGGAAGCCGACAACCGAAGCUUCAUCUACUAUGAGAACCUCCUGUUAGGGGUACCACGUAUACGGCAACUCAGAGUCAGAAAUGGAUCCUGUUCCAUCCCCCUGGACUUGAGAGAUGAGAUUAAAGAGUGCUAUGAUGUCUACUCCGUCAGCAGUGAAGACCGGGCUCCAUUCGGUCCUAGAAAUGGAACUGCUUGGAUCUACACAAGUGAAAAAGACUUGAAUGGGAGCAGCCACUGGGGAAUGAUUGCAACUUAUAGUGGAGCUGGUUAUUACCUGGAUUUGUCAAGAACGAGAGAGGAAACAGCCGCUCAAGUUGCUAACCUCAAGAAAAAUGUCUGGCUGGACCGAGGAACCAGAGCGAUUUUUAUUGACUUUUCAGUGUACAACGCCAAUAUUAACCUGUUCUGCGUGAUCAGGUUACUGAUCGAAUUCCCAGCAACAGGAGGUGUGAUUCCAUCUUGGCAAUUUCAGCCUGUAAAGCUGAUCCGCUAUGUUACAACUUUUGAUUUCUUCCUGGCAGCCUGUGAGAUUAUCUUUUGUUUCUUUAUCCUUUACUAUGUGGUGGAAGAGAUAUUGGAAAUUCGCAUUCACAAGCUACACUAUUUCAGGAGUUUCUGGAAUUGUCUGGAUGUUGUGAUCAUCGUGCUAUCAGUGGUCGCUAUAGGAAUUAACAUAUACAGAACAUCAAAUGUGGAAGUUCUGCUACAGUUUCUAGAAGAUCAAAAUACUUUCCCCAACUUUGAGAAUCUGGCAUACUGGCAAAUACAGUUCAACAACCUAGCUGCUGUCAUAGUGUUUUUUGUCUGGAUUAAGCUCUUCAAAUUUAUCAACUUUAACAGGACCAUGAGUCAGCUCUCUACAACCAUGUCUCGGUGUGCCAAAGACCUCUUUGGCUUUGCAAUUAUGUUCUUCAUUAUUUUCUUAGCAUAUGCUCAGUUGGCAUACCUUGUCUUUGGCACUCAAGUUGAUGACUUCAGUACUUUCCAAGAGUGUAUCUUCACUCAAUUCCGUAUCAUUUUGGGUGAUAUCAACUUCGCAGAGAUUGAGGAAGCUAAUCGAGUUUUGGGACCAAUUUAUUUCACCACAUUUGUGUUCUUUAUGUUCUUCAUUCUUUUGAAUAUGUUUUUGGCCAUCAUCAAUGACACUUACUCUGAAGUUAAAUCUGAUUUGGCCCAGCAGAAAGCCGAGAUGGAACUCUCGGAUCUUAUCAGAAAGGGUUACCAUAAAGCCUUGAUCAAACUAAAACUGAAGAAAAACACUGUGGAUGACAUAUCAGAGAGUCUGCGGCAAGGGGGAGGCAAGUUAAACUUUGAUGAACUUCGGCAAGAUCUCAAAGGGAAGGGCCAUACUGAUGCAGAGAUUGAGGCAAUAUUCACAAAAUAUGACCAGGAUGGAGACCAGGAACUGACUGAACAUGAGCACCAGCAGAUGCGAGACGACUUGGAAAAAGAGAGGGAGGACCUUGACCUGGGUCCCAGCUCUUUACCACGUCCCGUGAGCAGCCGAAGCUUCCCUCGAAGCCUGGAUGACUCUGAGGAGGAGGACGACGACGACAGUGGGCAUAGCUCCAGAAGGAGGGGCAGCGUCUCCAGUGGGGUUUCUUAUGAAGAGUUUCAAGUCCUAGUGAGACGAGUGGACCGGAUGGAGCACUCCAUCGGCAGCAUCGUGUCCAAGAUUGAUGCUGUGAUAGUGAAGCUUGAGAUCAUGGAGCGAGCCAAACUGAAGAGAAGGGAGGUGCUGGGAAGGCUGCUGGAUGGAGUGGCUGAGGAUGAAAGGCUGGGUCGUGACAAUGAAAUCCACAGGGAACAGAUGGAACGGCUUGUGCGAGAAGAGUUGGAACGCUGGGAAUCUGACGAUGCAGCUUCCCAAAUAAGUCAUGGUUUAGGCACACCCUUAGGACUAAAUGGUCAGUCACGCCCCAGGAGCUCUCGCCCUUCUUCCUCCCAGUCUACGGAAGGAAUGGAAGGUGGAGGUGGAAACGGGAGUGCCAAUAUUCAUGUGUAG